UGUCAGUUUCCGUUUGACAGUUUCAUGGUAAAAUUAAAUAUUUUUCGAGACGCUAAUCAUGAUUAAAUUCAACAUUGAUAUAAAUGUGGUUUGUUAAACACCAUCAAAUUAAGUAGCGGCGUAUCUAAAUUAAUAUAUUGAACACAAUGUUACCCGGCAUAGGAGUUUUUGGCACUGGUGCCAUAGCAAAAGUUUUAGUACCUUUCCUUAGAGAAAAAGGAUUUGCUGUUGAAGCUAUUUGGGGAAUAACUUUGCAAGAAGCAGAACUUGCUGCUAAGGAGCUUAAAAUCCCAUUCUUCACAAACAAAAUAGAUGAUGUACUACUGAAGAAAAAUGUCAAUUUAGUGUUUAUAGUAUGUGCACCAAAUUUGCACGCUCAAAUAUCGGUCAAAGCGUUAGGUAUAGGAAAACAUGUUGUCUGUGAUAAACCUGCUGGACUCUGUCAAGCGGAAGCAUUGAAAAUGGUUAGAGCAGCCCAAUACUACCCCACGCUGAUAUCUAUAGUUAACCAUUCCCUUAGAUUUUUGCCUGCAUUUAGUCAUAUGAAAAAAUGUAUUCAAGAUGGUUAUUUAGGAAAUCCUGAUGAACUUACACUUAUUGAUGUCAGAGUCCAAAUGGGACCGUUAGUUGGAGAUACAUAUAAUUGGUUAUGUGAUGAUACAAUGGGUGGUGGAACACUUACCUUAGUUGGAAGUCAUGUUAUAGAUUUAGUGAGUUUUCUCACAGGUCAAAAAGUGGACAAAGUUCAUGGAGUGCUUAGAACUUUUGUUGAAGAAACUUCUAAAGUGAAUGGUAUUCGAAAAAUUACUGCACCAGAUUUCUGUUCAUUCCAAUUGCAGAUGGAGAAGGGAUUAUUAGUAACCGCAACACUUAACAACCAUUUACCUGGGCCUUGUUUCAAUCAAGAAAUCUAUGUUUGUAGUAAGAAAGGAUACUUAGUUGUCAGAGGAGGUGAUUUGCACGGUAAACUCCACAAAACUUCUCACAUAAUUCCGGAAGAAGAUGGAAAACGUCUACAUGAGAAGGAAGAUGUAAUCUAUGUAGACAUUGAAGAUUUAAGCUGUGCUUCUUCUAGUGUAGUCCCCAAACCAUAUAUUAAAGGUUUAUGUAAACUGAUAAGUGCUUUAAAAGAAGCAUUUUUGCCAGUGAAAGAACAAAUGGAUUGGGUAAAAGAACCAGUUAAAGCUGCAGCUACCUUUGAAGAUGGUCAGAGAGUACAAGCUACAAUGGAAGCCUUGCGUCAGUCAAAUGAAGAUGGACGUUGGAUGUCUGUUCACCUUCUCACAGAACCACCAGAUCCUAACCCAGCUUUAUCGGCUGCAGUGAGACGAACUGCCAUAUCUUUACAAUAAACAAAUAGAUGAAAAUGCUUAUAAUGUAUGCCAUUACAUGUACCUUUGACAUAGUUUUAAGUAUCUAGUGUUAAUAAUGGCUAUAUUUUUAAAAAAUUGUUUUAAUCUGGAUGAUACUAUUAACUUGCUAAUAGUAAAUAUUUAUCAUCAAAAGAAGAUAUAGGUUUAUUAGAAAAUUUGAACUUAAUAUUUAUGUUGUGAAAAAAAAUGUCAUAAUUGUGACUGACUGUGACCUAUAAGAUCUAUUGUGACUUGUCAUAAUGAGUACAUAUUUCAAUGACAGAUGCCUGAGAUUGAACUCUGCAAUAGUUAACAAAUAAUUGUCAUAAUUAUGUAAUGUUCAUUAUGAUGAUCUAACAUUGGUGAUACGUAAGUUAUUAGGUAGGUAAAAUUUGACUUCAACAAAAUUCUAAAUAUUAACUUGGACUUCCACUACCAUCAUAUAAAAAGCAGAGUUUAUAAAAUACUAAAUUAUGAAGUAAUCUGAGCGAAACACUGGAUUCAGGCAAAAUCCAAAAGGAUAACGCCAUUAAUUAAAAAGAAGAAGAAGACAAGGUUCAUCUCGUGCAUUUGAGACACUAGAAUAAUUUGUGUGUUUUAUCUGUAGAUAAUAAAUAUUACAUAUUAGAAAUAUGUUUUUUAAAUUGUGACUUAAAAAAAAUGCAUUGUCAUUCACAUAAUAAUUUAACAGAUUUUGUACUCAAACUACUAACAUUCUUAUUAGAAACUACCAAAAAUCAUUAAUUAAACCCAAAUCUAUUAAAAAUACAGUUAACCACUACUCAAACUUACCACAGAAUUCGAAUUGUACUAAUUAAUAUUUAUUGAUAAACUGUGAGAAAACCUACUAAAUAAAUUCAUGUAUGUAAAAAUAAAAUAUUAAUGUAAAUAAAUGAUUAAUAAAAUCUGCUGUUGAAUAUAGUAUAGCAUACUUGCCAUUUAAUAUUAUUUGACACUUAAAUUGAUAUAUGUAGUUCUAAUUUUAGUUGUGAAAGACAUUUUGCAAACUAUACUGAAAUCUCAUUAAAUUGUGAUGUAAUUUCUCCAAGAGGUUAUAAAUGACCAUCUUAUGUACAAAUAGCUAUGUAAUGCACUUUUAUAUGUUUAAUAAAGUUU